AUGGGUCGGAGGAGGAAAGUUCUAUCGAAGCCGACGGUGGUCUCCGAUGAGGCAUUAGGGGAGGUUAAUUCGUCGAAUGUAGAAGCAACAGUUGAGACAAUUAAUGUGGAGGAAUUUCAUGAACCUUGUGCUGAGUUAGAGCUAGACCGUGGAGGUGAGGGGAUUGAUGAAGGGUUUUCUUUCCGUUCAGCACCUCGAGCAGAGAACUGGGCAGAGGAGGUUGAGGGUAAUGACUUUCAGAACUCGGCUAAAGAAGUGUGGAGCAAAUUCAAGGCGAACCAGGUUCUUACUCCCUCGACUAAACUGGAUUUUGCUGAACCUAUGAUGGUUGGUGAUCAGGUUGUAGCUAGGCUGGAUCUGGAAGAGGUAGAGAUUGAGGCUUCUUUUUGGAGGAAUGCCAUUGUUUGUAUUGUUCUAGGUGCCAACCCUCCUUUUCGAGUUUUUGAGGGCUUCAUCAAACGUAUUUGGGGAAAUCUGGGGAUAGAUAAAAUUGUUCGUAUGCAUUCAGGCUUCACGCUGGUUAAUUUCAAGGAUGAGGCCACUCGAGAUCUGAUUCUGGAAACAGGGGUUAUUCACUUUGACCGAAAACCUGUUGUUCUUCGCCCUUGGACCACUGAUUUAGACUCGGUUAGAAUGGUGAAAUCUGUCCCGGUUUGGAUUCGCUUGAAUGGAUUGGGAUUGCAAUAUUGGGGUAAGAAGAGCCUCAGUGCGCUGGUGAGUAAUAUUGGCAAACCCAUCAUGGUGGACAAGGUGACUCAGAAUAGAGAUAUGGUGAAAUAUGCUCGGAUUUUGGUUGACAUGGAGAUUUCGGAUCAUCCGCCUAAGAGCAUUGCUUUUAUUAAUGAAAGAGGCCAGUUAGUUGAGCAAUUGGUAGAGUAUGAAUGGCUCCCAUCUAAAUGUGCUGCUUGUGCUCAGUUAGGACAUAUAGUGGCUGACUGUAAUAAGGGGAAAGGAGGCAUUUGGUUGAAGAAAACAACUGAUCUUAAAGGAGAAAAAUCUGAGCAAGUAGUUAAUGGUUCUGAAGGUGCUAAACAGCAAGUUGGUGCUGAAUGUUUAGAUCACAGUGAGCCAGUUAGAGUAAUUCUGGAUAAGGGAAGUAGGAAGGAUCCUUUUUGUAAGGGAUCUGAUUUGAAGGAGAGUACUAUAGACCAGAAUGUUCAGGGACCUGAAUUGAAGGUGAGAUCUAUAGACCAGAACGUUCAGGGAUCUUCGGACAUUGGAGGUUCCUGGUCUACUCUUAGAAGACGUGGGUCUAAAAAGGUUGUGGUUGCUCUUAAUAAGUCUGUAGUUGCUCCUAACACAGCUAAUAUCAGUAAUGGCUAUACUGUGUUACAGGAGACAGGGGGAGGGUCUAAGGGUACUAAAUUUUCCUCAUUAGAUUGA